AUGGCCACCGCCACAACGACACAAACGGCCGAAGCUCUGCCCCAGUCGCAUGAGAGCUCUGCGGGUGCCCUGGUGCACCACUCUAAUCAGAGCCAGGAGCUCAUUCAUCAUGCCUCUCAACGUCGCGAGACCGGCGCUCUGAGCCAGCAGCCACGCCCGCAGAGCGCAGUGAUCUAUCAGCCGCCAACCCACGAAGACAAGCCCGGAGAGAAGAGAGAAGCCCAAUUCUUGCCCUGGUACACACGCUGGGGCUACUCUAUCUCCCUCGGUGCAGCUCAGGGAUUCUUGAAGCCGGCCAGUUUGAUCCGUGAUAUGCAAGACUCAAUGCGCUCGCCGCUGCAUCAGCCGAAUUUGGUGAAAACCUACCAAUGCCGCCCAAAGCUUCCUAUCAGGGUCUUCUUUCCCAAGCCGUACGACAAGGAGAAGCCUCGGCAGAUGUCCUUGUGCUUCACGAUCCACGGAGGCGGAUUUAUCAUGGGCACUCCGCAAGACAACGAUGCAUGGAAUGCCAAAUUUGCGAGUCGGUAUUCGGCAACCGUUGUGGCCCUGAACUACAACAAAGCUCCGAAGACAACUUUUCCCAUGUCUGUUCAUGAUGUCGAGGCACUGAUGCUUGCCGUUCUCUCCGACUCCGAAAUUGCCCCUCACAUCGACCGUUCUCGAAUUGCUGUUGGCGGCUGGGACGCUGGCGGCAACCUUGCGCUGACCGUCACCCAACUUCCGGCGAUCCGACCCAUCGUCAACUCAGUCUUCGCCUUCUAUCCGCCUUGCGACUUCACCGUGACACACCACCAAAAAAGCCGACUCCGGCGGUACAAGGCUGGAGUGGGCGGCUUCCGUGCCCGCGAGACGGACUACAUGCUCUCCAUGUCGCCCAUGAUCGACUGGUCGUACAUCCCGCACGGGACGGACCUACGCAACCCGCUCCUCAGCCCGUUCUUCGCAGAGCAUGACAUGCUCCCCCGCCGCGUCAUGAUCAUCGGCUGCGAGCUGGACAUGUAUGCCCAUGAGGCCUGGCGCACCAUCAGCAAGCUGGCCGGCCGUGAGGUCCCUGCCAUGGAGCAGACCGUGGGGCGGGAGGGCCAGUCCGAUCAUGGGCAGAUGCUCUUUGACGACGAGCGAUUCCACUUUGAGCAGACAUACAACGACGGUUCAAGCUACAAGUGGCUGCUUGUCCCUGACACCAUCCAUAACUUUGACCAACGCAUUGGUGGUGUUGUACGAGAGCCAGACUUCCGGGCUGAUGCGGAACACAAGAGCGAGGCUUGCCUCAAGGAGAUUGGCGAGUGGCUUCUUGGGCCCUUCCAUUCGGCCCGAACGAAUGGUGCAAACCUUGAGCAAAAUGGUGAUACCAAUGGUACGGCCGAUGCCCAUCAUCAGAUUGAGCAUUGA